AUGCCCGCGGAGAUUUAUCAGCUGCGCAGUCGCAGUUGCAGUAGCGGAACUCUUCCAGUUCCUGGGGGCAUCGCGGCUGCGUCAGUGCGACAGGCAGCGAGAGGAGGGGCCUCUCCCGGCUUACGUCACGGGUCUGCGACGGCGCCUGCGCACGGCACCAUGCUGGCCGGAAGGCCCCGCGAGCUGGCCUUACCAGCUCUCGGGAGGCUGUCCGGGCUGGAAAGCCGUUCACUCCUCCGAGGUCUUGGACGAGAGCUCUUUGAGGGAUCCCGGUCCCUGUGUAGCGAGUCCUCGACUAGAGAGCGAAAUGGAAAAGGAGAGCGCGAGGCUGCGCAAACGAAAGCCCCAGGCGCAGAAUUAUCCCCUUCUCUCCCUCUUCGCGUCUCGGACUUUGGGACCAGAUGCCUUUCAUCACUGGAAAGCCUCAGACUGCCCAUGCCGGAGGGGGAGUCACCCCCUCGAGGGCGCGAGGACUCUGGCGGAGACCAGGGUCCGUCCGAUCCCGCACUCCAGGGGUCCGGGGGUCCCUCGCUGCUCGCCCUGGCCCAGUCCGCGACCGAGGUCGAAGAACGUUGUGUCUCCCCUUCCUGCUCAACUUCCAGAGAGGGACCCUUUCGGGCUGGGGAGCUGAUUUUAGCUGAGACUGGGAAGAGAGAAACACAAUUUAAGAAAUUGUUUAAGUCGAGCAAUUCCGGAUACUUAAAUAGUAACUGGGGGUCAGUCGCGUUCAGCGAGAUCGUGGGGAAGUUCCACGGCCAGAUACUCAGGAGUUCCUCUGGUAAGCAGGUCAUGCUGAGGAGGCCGACAUUGGAAGACUAUGCACUAUUGAUGAAAAGAGUGUCUGCCAUAACAUAUCCAAAGGGUCUGAGUAUGACACUGCUGAUGAUGAAUUUCAACCCAGGUGAUACUGUUUUGGAAGCUGGCUCAGGCUCUGUAGGAAUGAGCUUAUUUUUAUCAAAAGCAAGUAAGAUACUAGGUUAAGUUGGAUCACAAGGACGAGUUAUAAGUUUUGAAAUAUGAAAAGACCACCAUGAUCUGGCUAAGAAGAAUUACAAACACUGGCUUGAUUCAUGGAAAAUAAGUCAUGUAGAAGAAUGGCCAGACAAUGUGGAUUUUAUUCAUAAGGAUAUUUUAGGAGCAAGUGAAGACAUAAAAUCUUUAACAUUUAAUGUGGUAUAUUUGGAUCUGUUAAAUCCUCAAGUUGCUUUGCCUGUUUUAUACCCAAAUCUUAAACAGGGUGGUGUAUGCACUUUAUAUCUAGCAAACAUCACACAGGUUAUUGAACUUUUAGAUGGAAUCCGCAUCUGUGAACUCUCAUGUGAAAAUAUAAGUGAGGUCAUUGUCAGAGAUUGGUUGGUUUGCCUUGCAAAACAAAAAAAUGGAAUUUUAUCUCAAAAACUAAAACCUAAAAUCUACACAAAUUUACAACUACAUUCUCAAAAGAAAAUUGGAGUUGAAGGUGAGAUGUUUCAAGAGGAUGAUCAUGAAGAAUCACAUUCUGAUUUUCCAUAUGGAUCAUUUCCCUAUAUUGCUAGACCUAAACACUGGCAAACUGGUCAUACAGCUUUUCUUGUCAAGUUGAGGAAGUUCAAACCACAAUUCAACUGAGUACCCCAGA